UUCCUCUUCCCCCGGUGGGUCGAUCUGUUCGCGUGAAUAGAACGAGACGAGGCGUCGUCGCCUCGCCUCGCCUCGCCUCGCCCGCUCGCUCUUCCUCCCUCCCCCCCUCAAACCGGAUCGGCAGAUCCGGCCUCACCCCAUCCACCCGGAUGGCCUGCGCCUCCCCACCCAUCGCGGCCCCGGGGAUAGCGUAGCAUGGGCCAAGCCCCCUCCUCCUCCUCCUCCUCCUCCUCCUCUACCCUCCUCGCCAAAUCCAGCUCCUCCUUCUCCUCCUCCCCGUCCCCCUCGCCGCAGCGCCGCAGGUCGCUCUCCUCCUCCUCCCCUACCAUGGUGCCGCCGGCGCGGACGGUGCUCGUGGUGGCCGGCGGCGGGACGGCGGGGGACGCGCCGAGGUUCGCGGCGCCCCCGCCGGAGCGCGACCACACGCAGGACCUGCCCGACGAGAUCCUCUCCCUCGUCUUCGCGUCGCUCACCCCCACCGAGCGCAACGCGUGCUCGCUGACCUGCGCGCGCUGGAAGGAGGUGGACGCCUCCACGCGCCACCGCCUCUCCCUCGACGCCCGCGCCGCGCUCGGAUACGCCGCGCCGGGGAUCUUCGCGCGGUUCACGGCCGUCACGAAGCUCGCCCUCCGCUGCGCCCGCGGCUCCGGGACGGACAGCCUCUCCGACGACGGGGCACGCCAGGUGGCGGCCGCGCUGCCGUCCUCGCGGCUCGCCAGGCUCAAGCUGCGCGGCCUCCGGCAGCUUUCCGACGACGGGCUCGCGUCGCUGGCAGGGGCCACCCCGGCGAUCCGCAAACUGUCCGUCGCGUCCUGCGGUUUUGGGCCCAAGGCCUUCGUCGCCGUCCUCCGUUCGUGCCCCCUCCUUGAGGACCUCUCCGUCAAGCGCCUACGCGGUCUCCCUGACACCGCCGGCGCCACGACCGCCAUCACCGAGGAGAUCCUCUUUCCGCCUGCAUCGUCGCUGCGGUCAGUGUGCCUCAAAGAUCUGUACAGCGCCCUGUGCUUCGUUCCCUUGGUUGCCUCCUCUCCGAACCUCCGGUCUCUCAAGAUCCUGAGGUGCUCCGGCUCCUGGGACCUGCCAUUGGAGGUCAUCGCAGCGCGUGCACCUGGCCUUGUUGAGCUCCACCUUGAGAAGCUGCAGGUUGGCGACCGCGGUCUCUCCGCCGUAUCGGCUUGCCCAAACCUUGAAAUCCUGUUCCUUGUCAAGACCCCCGAGUGCACUGACGCGGGCAUAAUCAGUGUUGCCGAGAGAUGUCACAAACUGCGUAAGCUACAUAUUGAUGGGUGGCGCACAAACCGGAUUGGGGAUCAUGGCCUCAUGGCUGUGGCACGAGGAUGCCCAGACCUGCAAGAGCUCGUCUUGAUUGGGGUCAACCCCACUGUACAGAGUCUGCGGAUGCUUGGUGAACAUUGCCGCUCGCUGGAGCGUCUUGCCCUUUGUGGGUGUGAGACUGUUGGUGAUCCUGAGAUCAUUUGCCUGGCUGAGCGCUGUGCUGCGCUCAAGAAGCUUUGCAUCAAGGGUUGCCCGGUCUCAGACCGUGGGAUGGGGGCACUGAGCGGAGGCUGUCCCAGCUUGGUCAAGGUGAAGCUGAAGAGAUGCCGUGGAGUAUCGCCUGAAUGUAUUGAGAACCUGAAGGUAGUUAGGGGGGGUUCGUUCUCUAUCAGCUUGGAUCCUGUAGUGGAGCGUGAUGCAGGAGGUGCAAGUGAAAACGUUGGGCAAGAGGCUGGACAGGUGCCAAUUACAGAGCUUACUGAUCAGAUGGCAGCCAUGGACCUUCCGACUAACACCGCCAGUGCUCAAUCCUCUGCACAGGCGAGUAGUAGGAUGAGGAGCGUCAUGUCAGCACUCAGGAGGAGGUUUGGCAAUCCUCCAUCCCUGUGAAGUGAGAUAAAAAAAUUGAUGAACCUAUUUGCUACUUUAUGCUUUCUAAUGAAUUCUUGUUCCUUAGCUUAUUAAUUUUACUA